AUGGAUCAGGAAAAGGGCAACAAGGAGAAGCCUAUCGUCGUCUCGAGCGACGAGGGUGAGACUCCUCCCCUCACCCCCCGAACCGCCGCGGCCGCCGGCCAACUCCGGCUUGCCCGCCUUCUCGCCGAAGGCCCAGGGGGCUACGUCCCCCGGCUUGAUCCUCCCACCCUCGCCGAGUUCGGCCUGGCCCCGGCCUCGCCCCCGGCCCCCGCGCGCCCCCCUGCCUCCUCUCGGACCGCCGCCUUUGCCUCUGCCGCUGCCGCUCCCAUUGCGCCCACCUCCCGUGCGGCCAACGCCCGCGCCAGCCCGGCGGCCUCGGCGGCCUCAACCUCCAGCUCCGCCAGCUCCGCCAGCAGCUCGAUCGGGUCGGGGAGCUCGGCCUCUGUCGGCUCCUUCUUCGACGACGAGGACGUCCAAGGAAGAAUUCGGGCGCAGACAGGCAGCAGAAGGGACCACCGCCGCUGCAAGUUCAAGUACUACAAGCGCAGACAAUCCCGGUCCAAGUACCGCAACGUAUACCGUUGCAAGGGUUAUCCCGGAAACCCCGAUUGCAAAGACAUGCUCUACUGCUCUCGCGAAAGAAAAUGCCUUCAUAAGUCCAACUUCAAGGACAAGGACGGACGUAUCAACCUCAAAAACUGCGCAGACUGCCGCGCGGAGACCCGCACCGCCAAGAUCAAGGACAAGGGCGAGCGAGAAGCCAAGAGACGCGAGCUGGCUUCCGAGUUCAAGGCCGUUCCGUUUCAACGUGGUUCCGGAGCCGGUCGUAACGCGAAGGGUAAGAAGCGUCGCCCUGCCAAGAAGAACGCUGCCCGCAAGGGCAAGGCUGCUGCGGGUGCUCGCGGCAACCUGAAUGGGAACGAGACUGAGUCUGGCGUUGAGACGGAGGAGGAGCCCCUGGACCACGUGGAACUGCCUGACGAGCGUCCUGGCUUGAGAAAGCGUCGCCGCGAGGAUGAGUCUGACGACGACGACAACUACGGCGCAAACGGAAAGGGUGGCUUUUCGGGCUUCGGUGGAGGCAACGGUGCGAUUCCUGUGACUGCGUUUUAA